CAGGAAAGACGGGUAAACUCAACAUUUCAAGACAAUCCUCCCAACCAUGUAUCUCGCCGUUGUAACAACAGUAGCAGCAAUUGUCCCCAUCCAAGACCAACCAAUCGAGCAAAAAUAUCCUCCCGAGGCGGACAAACCGCUCUCGAUGCGACGUUCUGUCACACUUGACGACGAUUACUUUGAACGGCGCGAGCUCCGCCUGAUCUGCACACAAAAGAUAGCCCUUGAUGACUUCCUCCCCCAAGAGAACGAGAUCAUCCCCCGCCUCUACCUUUGCGACCUCUAUACCGCCACCUGCCCCAAGGUCCACGAUCGUCUCGGCAUCACGCAUGUCCUGUCAGCAGUCCGCCGCCCGUGGUUCAGCUUUCCACCACCGGUCCAGCAUUUGAAUGUACCCAUCGAGGACACCGGGUCGGCCAAUCUGCUAGCAUAUCUCGACGCCGCAGUGGCCUGGCUGCACCGCUCGCUCUGCAGCUCCACGAGCGCGAGGGUCAUGGUACACUGCGUGUGGGGAAUGAGCAGGAGUGCCAGUAUUGUCGUUGCAUACCUCAUCGUGAAGUACCACAUGACCCUGGAUAACGCCCUUGCUUGGGUGCGGCUGAAGCGAACGGUGGUCAGGCCAAACCACGGGUUUAUGGCGCAGUUGGAGAUUUUCGAGAUGCAGACGCGCGAGCGGGAGAGGAGAAAGGCAUUCGCGAGGGCUAGGAGUGAAAAGCGGAUGUUAGUCGAGGAGUCCGCACACGUACAGCAUAUAGAAACCGCUUCAUUGCCGACGUAG